GGUCCAAAACACACAAUAAGCACCAUGUUGGCGAAUCAAAGCGAGUUCCUCAAACAUUUCCGUUAACUCCAAAUUUUCUCUCUCUCUAGCCGUUGAGUUUCAGUUUCCCCUCCAUUUCGCGCAACGUUCCUCAAAAUAAACACUGCCAUUAUUUAGUCUCACACACUCUCCAUUGACCUUCCCCUCUUCCCUUGUCUCUCACGUUUCGAGUCUCCCCACCCUCUCCAUUUACUUUGACAAAACUGUUUUCAAUUUGACCUUCUCCAUUAACCAUGCUUUAACCAUUCAACUCAUCCUUCAAACCACUCUCUUUAUCAAAAAAACGCCAUGAACGACUCUCAUAGUUCCUCCUUCGAUUCCGCCUCCAAGGCUGCCAUCGAUCAGAAUGUCGGGAGGAGUCGAAGAAAUGGGAAUGGUGAUCUAACACUGGCGACCGAUAUACCACGCCACUGGCAUGAUAUUUUCUGGUUAGGAGUCUUUUUGUUUCACUUGAUGGGAUUAGCACUUGGUCUUGCAGUUCUUGGGCUCAAUAGGUUUAAGAAAUCAGACAGGUUUAAUUUCGAUAGAUACACUACUAACACAACUGGCACCGUGGGAAAUAGUCAUGGACUUACGGAAGAUUAUUGGCCAAUGUUUGGUCUUGGUGGUGGAGUUGGGACUGUACUUGGAUGGGCUUGGUUGUUGUUGCUUGGUUUUCAGGCGAAUCAUAUGAUGAAGAUCUCGGUGCAUAUUUUGACUACUUAUCUUGCUGUGGUUAGUGUUUUGUGUUUCUGGAGCGAGCAUUUUUUAUGGGGUGUCACGUUUGCAAUUGGUGCUGCUUUGCAGUUUUUAUAUGUCAUAUCUGUUAUAGACAGACUCCCAUUUACCAUGCUGGUGCUUCAAAAAGCCGUGAAAAUGGUAUGGAGCCUUCCUGAAGUUAUGAGAGUUUCGUAUGCAUUUAUGCUAGUCAUGCUUUUGUGGAUGGGAUUGUGGUCUUUUGGGGCAGCUGGUGUUGUGGCUUCAAACAUCAAUCUCAAUGGACGCUGGUGGCUUCUUGUGGUUUUGUCACUAAGCUUAUUUUGGACGGGUGCAGUCCUCUGUAAUACUGUACAUGUUAUAGUGUCUGGGAUGGUGUUCCUUGUUCUUAUUCAUGGUGGCCGAGAAGCAGCAUCAAUGCCUCCCAACUCUUUGAUGAAGUCUCUGAGAUAUUCUGUGACGAAAUCUUUUGGCAGCAUUUGCUAUGGAUCACUCUUUACUGCUGCAAUUAGGACACUGCGGUGGGAGAUCAGGGGAUUGCGGUCAAAGAUAGGCAAGAAUGAAUGCUUGCUUUGCUGUGUUGAUUUUCUAUUUCAUCUCGUGGAGACUCUUGUCCGCUUUUUCAACAAGUAUGCAUACGUCCAGAUAGCUGUUCAUGGGAAAAGUUUUAACCGUUCAGCUAGGGAUGCCUGGGAAUUGUUUCAAUCAACUGGAGUUGAAGCACUCAUCGCCUAUGAUUGUUCAGGUGCAGUUCUACUGAUGGUAACGCUUUUGGGUGGGCUCAUCACCGGGACUUGCUCAGGUGUUUGGACUCAUAUUAAAUGGGAUGAUGAUAGAGUGACCAUGGUGGGAUCCACUGCAAUGUUGAUGGGAAUGGUCUUGGUUGGACUAGCUAUGGUGGUUGUUGAGAGUGCUGUUACAUCCAUAUAUAUCUGUUACGCAGAAGAUCCCCUAUUAAUACAUAGAUGGGAUGCUGAAUUCUUCAACCAAUUGUCUGAGGCACUACACCAGCGUCUUCAACAUAGAAGUUCCCGGGCAAGGGAAGUAUUGACCCAGAAUCGAUUGAAUGUUGGCAUACAGGAAAAUGUCCCUCUCUGACAAGCUUCGCCCAAGCAAAUUUUGUCCAGAAACACGCACUGUAAUUCGUUGUACUAUAUUCCAUCGAUCGAAGUUCUUGAAUCAUUUUGUUUUAGUUUAGUCUGGGACCUUGAUUGCAUAAAAAUCAGAAGGGUUGGUAAAAAAUCAGUUGGAAGCUGCAUUUAUUCA